AUGGCGCCAUGUCAGGGGCCUCAGGGCGCGGAUGGUCUGGUCUUCCUGACAGUUCGUGCGUUCCUAGCGUGGGAAUCGGUUCAAUUGGCCUCGGGACUAGGAGGCUUCUGCGGGUCCACGGACGACUUUUGCGGAACAGGUUGCCAGAAAGAGUACGGGGGCUGUGGAGAGCCCAAGCGUCCGGAAUGUGCGAUAACCAGUGGACGCAACAAGCGCGUGGUCGGAUAUUACGAGUCGUGGGCCAGCACGAGGGCAUGCCAACGGGUCAACCCCGAGGACCUGGAUGUCGGGGGCUACACCCACAUCAACUUUGCGUUCGCCUUCUUUGACCCAGUGGAUUAUCGGAUUGCCCCCAUGGGGGGUCACAGCGAAGAUCUAUUUGCUCGGUUCACCGCGCUGAAAAACGGCAACCCCGGCCUGCAAACGUGGAUCUCGAUUGGAGGUUGGUCGUUCACCGACCCUGGGCCCACUCGCACAGCGUUCAGCGAGAUGGUGAGCUCCGAGGGAAGACGUCGGAAAUUCAUCAUGGAGGUUAUGCACUUUAUGAGAUACUACGGUUUCGAUGGGGUGGAUCUGGACUGGGAGUAUCCACAAGCCGAUGAUCGAGGAGGUGCCCCGGACGACAAGGAAAACUACGCAAUGCUCGUGCUGGAGAUGCGCAGUGCCUUCGGCUCCGAAUUUGGUAUCACGAUGACCAUUCCAGCAUCCUAUUGGUAUCUGCAACAUUAUGAUUUUCACAAUAUGGAGGGUCUUGUGGACUGGUUCAACCUGAUGUCCUAUGACAUACAUGGAACGUGGGAUAAAGACUCCAAAUUCGUCGGUCCCUAUAUUGCCCCUCACACGAAUGUGACCGAGAUCGAUAUGGGCUUGGACCUCCUCUGGCGGGCUAGAGUCCCUCCCAGCAAGGUCGUCAUGGGCAUGGCAUUUUACGGCCGGAGUUUUAGGCUCAAGGACCCAGCCUGCAACCAGCCGAAUGGGCAGUGCGAGUUCGUGUACGAGAAUGGAAUGGGCGCCGCCCCUGGGCCCUGCUCUAAGGCCUCCGGAAUUCUCAAUCUUGCGGAAAUCCAAGACAUCGUCUAUGAGAAUAAUUUGACUCCCUACUGGGAUCAGAAGGCAAUGGUCAAGUGGAUCACAUGGGAUCAAGACCAAUGGGUUUCCUAUGACGAUGAAGACACACUGCGAGGAAAACGCGAUUUCGCGCAGUACCGCUGUCUCGGAGGUUACAUGGUCUGGGCAAUGGAUCAGGUGGACACAAAAACAAAUCCUCACAUUUCCGAUGCAUUAGGCCUGACGAGCGCUCAACGUAAAAUCGCGGCACAGUUGCGCGCAAAUCAGAAGGCACAGGAGAUCUGCUACACGACUGAGUGCGGAGAAUCCUGCGCCCAAGGUACCAAUCCCGUGGAGACAUUGAUCGGACAAACCAGCAGCAUUCCGACUGGCGAUGAGGACUUUUGUCCCGAUUAUCAGGUACGGACGUUAUGUUGUGCGGACGGAACCACCGUGGGAAUGUGCCGCUGGGAAGGCUAUCGCGGGUUAGCUCUCCCUUGUUACAGUGGCUGUCGGCAGGAUGAAAUAGAGCUCGUCAAGAGCUCUAGUUUCUUAGCAGGCAAGUCUGAAUAUAUCUGUUCAGGUAAUAGCUUUGCAAGCUUUUGCUGCAGCGGCUUCCGCCCGCCGCCUCUGAAUGCCAACAGUGCAAUCGGAAGUGACAGUGACAGCAGCGGGGAUGGAACCAGCGCGGAGCUGGAUGAUUUGGGUGCCAAACUAGGAGAUGCAGCCAAAGGUAUGGCCAUGUCCGCUGCUGAGAAUGAGGCGCUCGACCUGGCGGCGAAAGCCUUCUGUCGGAUUGCGGUGCCCUUGUUGGAGGCAGGACUGGACGCGGUCGAAGGAUUCGUUCCUAUUCUUGGGGAGAUCGCAAUAGGAUUGGAGACGGCCGCGGAAGUCUUCUUGACUCCAGCUUUAAUUCAAGCCUGUACGAAGCUGGUCGAAGUUGAAGGCAAGGCGAUCGUCAAGAUGCUUGAGAACCUAGCCAAGCCAAAGAGGGUCACAAAAAAGCCAACCUCCACAAGGCCCCCCGAGUCGUCUCAUACAUCCGGGAAACCCAGGACCACCAGCUGCAAUGUCAAGAGAGCAGGCGUCGCGGGUGAUGAUGACUGUCGAAAACGCAAAGUCCGAAGAACGCGAACCACCAGCAUUGUAGAUGAUACUCGGGCCGCUCCAACCGCCACGAUGACUCUCAAUUGCGCCAAAUACCCUCAGCCUUGCUGGCACUAUUCAUCAGUGGCUCGCUACAAUCCCGGCGAUGAAUUUGUCACAUGCCAAUAUAAGGAACAAUCCGAUCGGGAUCGGCCCGCCGUCGAUGAGUACGACCGUGAACGAGACAGAAACAAGCUACCAGCCAACUGUGACGCGGACGAAUGGCCGCCGGCCUACUUUGCCGAUUUCAACAAUGGCCUGGCGUUCCUGGAGGGCAAUUCGGAUCACGGCGCUGCAAGACCGCAGUUUAUCCGCGCGGUGGACUCAGGCGAGAAUCAAGCAGCCGGUCGGUUGUUUCGAGGAAAAUGCGCCAAGAAGGCCCCAUCCCGUGAUAUUGAUACCGCGUACAGUGACGAGCCUCCGAAAAACGGGGGAGGGCUGUGGACGCAGUGGGUUCUGGUUAAGGCGGUAUUUACUAGGCAGGUGUAUUCGGUUUCGUGGUCAGGGCUCGUAGACCCUGGAGAUGGUGAUGAUGGCCUGAAGAUCAACCGGUGCCAGCCAAAUUUUGGCGACGGCAAAGAUCAUCGAGGGUUUGCUCUCCUGAAUCGCGACUCAUGGUUCGACCGGAACCCAUGGGCAAAAGACUACACCGCGAUGUACAAUCCCCAAAAGAAGCGAGGCGUCGACGUUCAUCCUGACGAUAUCGUUGUGAUUGAGGCCAAUUCUAGCCGGAGAGCAACAGACACAGAGCUGAAACGGUACUUUGGUCUUGUACGAUGUUCCGAUGACUGCUCCAGUGAAAUGCAAGAGAUAGACCUGGAAGCCACGUCGGCCGUGAUCGUCGCCCCGCCGAAGACACAACCGCACCCGACUUACGCCGAGACAACCUCGGGUUCCUUGAUCACAGACGCGAGUCCAUCAGCAACAAAGCUGGACUACUUUGCCACGCCCACUGCAACCAAUCUCGCAAGAGAAACAUAA